GCAUGUUUAGUUCAGCCAAUCAUCACCAUUUGUUAGUUUGGAAAUAAAUAUGGUUAUAUUGCACAUUUAUUUAUUUAGAUUUCCCCCCAAUAUGUGUAAAAGUGUGUAAAUAUUUUAGUGUGAGAAAAAAAAAGCUAUUUUAUUAAAUCAAGGUCAAAUGCAUUACAUUUUGGGAUACAGUAAUCAGUGCAGUGUUCUGUAUGUUCUAAGCAUACCACAAAUUUGCACUGUGCACUGUAUACAUAUGGCAGGAAUAGUAAGUGUGCUAAUACAAACUUACAUUCCCUAGUUGUCCCAACGCUCUUGAUUCUGCCCAUACUGGAGAUGAACUGUGCAGCACUGCCCUCUACUGGAUAUAUUCAUUCAUAGAUCAUUGCUGAGCUUUUCAGUGUAGGCAGAGGAUUUGGAAAGCAAUGAAAAGAAAUCCAAAUCAACCAGGUUAAAAAGUGAAUUUAAUAUGCAUUUUAAAGAAAAUAAUUCUUUAGGUGCUGAUAUUGUUUUUCAGUCAUACAAUGCAUGCACAGUUAUUAGCAAAAUGCUGUUUAAAACAGUUUUAGAUGAACGGAUGCCAUAGCAUGUCACACUCAAGAACAUGUGUGCUUCCCACAAGCAUUAAUGCCAAGUUGUCAAAUACUCUAAUGUCAGAAGACAGAAUGCAUGACAAAAUAUCACCCACUACUAAAUAAAAGUCUUUGUUUUAAAAUGGAAGAAAAGGGACACCUACCAGUUAGAAUGGUCUCUUUAAUAACCACAGGAGGGCUCUAGAGCCAAGGGUUCCUAAGAGACCAUGCAUCUGAUUGCAGGAAUGGAAGAACACGAUGGAGAAUCCCUUGGCUGAACCAUGAGGCCAGCUGUGAGUUACAGGAGUUAACACACUCAGAGCACUGAUUACUCUAAUAAAACUUCUCACGCUGAUUGUCCAAAUAAAACUUCCCUCACUGGGAAGGCAUAAAACUUCACCGAGCGGCUCCCUUGGACAGAAAAUGGGCACCACUAUCCCAGACAUAGUGCUAUGACCUCAGCCACGCCCCCUUCCUCCCGUAGCCCCUCCCCACAGAAGGUCUGCCACUCCCAGACACAGACAGACGUUCUAAAGCCACUCCUAGGGGGAGGAGGCGGGGCUUCAACAGGAAACGGACCUGCGGCAUUGAGACGCCGUCGACGGGUGCUAUCUAAAGAUGGGCGGAGCAAUGUACGCAUCGAACACAUCAGCGGCCGAGGGACGCUUUACCUGCGUGACCUGUGGACGACCUUUCUGGACAUGCAGUGGCGCUACAAGCUUUUCCUGUUUUCCGCCACCUUCGCUGGCACCUGGUUUGUCUUUGGAGUGCUGUGGUACUUGGUGGCACUUGUGCAUGGAGAUUUGCUAGAGUUUGACCCUCCGUCCAACCACACGCCGUGUGUGAUGCAGGUCCAAACCCUAACUGGAGCGUUCCUUUUCUCCCUGGAAUCACAAACUACGAUCGGUUAUGGCUUUCGCUGCAUCACUGAGGAAUGCCCACUUGCUAUCAUCCUGCUUAUUGUCCAGCUUGUCAUCACCAUGGUGAUGGAGAUCUUCAUCACUGGAACCUUCCUUGCCAAGGUAGCACGGCCGAAGAAACGUGGUGAGACGGUGAAGUUCAGUCAGCAUGCUGUGGUCGCCAAUCAUGAGGGCCGACCUUGUCUCAUGAUCCGUGUUGCUAACAUGCGUAAGAGCCUCCUUUUGGGCUGCCAGGUAACAGGUAAGCUUCUGCAGACGUCGCUGACUAAAGAGGGUGAGACGGUGCGUCUGGAUCAGAGAAAUGUAGCCUUCCAAGUGGACACGUCCAGUGACAGCCCCUUCCUCAUCCUGCCCCUCACUUUCUACCACGUGAUAGACGACAACAGCCCACUGCGGGCCUGGGCUGCCAAAGGUGGCGGGUGGACGGAUCCGGAGCUGGCUGACUUUGAGCUGCUUGUGAUCAUGAGCGCUACCGUGGAGCCGACCUCGGCCACCUGCCAAGUCCGCACCUCCUACCUGCCCGACGAGAUCCUGUGGGGCUACGAGUUUCCUCCCGUCGUCUCCCUCUCCCCCUCCGGAAAGUAUGUAGCUGAUUUUGCCUUCUUUGACAAGGUUGCCAAGACCAAGACCCCACCCCUUUUUAAACAAGCCCCGCCUCCAAACACCCAGUCGCCCCAACAACAAGGCAAUGGCAGUGGAGGCCAAGGGGCGGAUGUGGAGAAGAUGCGAUUGGAGGAGAGCUACCGGGAGGAAAGGGGGCGGGGCAGUGGGCGUGUCCGAGACCAGCUCAGCGUCCGCAUUAGUAACGUCUAGAGAGCGGAAAACACAGAUGAAUGAGUGAACGGGGGAUCAGAUGAAGAUAAAUUGCUUGAGUGCUUGUUUGAUUCAGUGUUAGCCAACUUUUUUUUUUUGAUGCCACUAGGCUUACCUGUUUUACAAGGUAGGGUGCCAGUAGAGUUGGCUAGCGCUGAAAUGCACUGGCAUACAAGCAUGAAAUAGAGAAGAUAAAGACAGACUAUGUUCGGAAAAGCACACUAGCAUACUACAUUUCCUGUUUCUGCAGUAUAUACUAUGUAUACUGUGUGUAGCAUUCAAGUUUUCUGAAUGAACAAAACACACAGAUGAUCUACUAGGGCUGCCACUAACGACUAUUUUUAUUUCGAUUAAUCUAUCGACUAAUUUAUCGAUUAAUCA